CUUCCUCCCAGCCCCCCCCCCCUCCUGCCCCCACUUCGCCGCCCCCCACUUCGCAGCCCCCCGCAGCCCCCCACGUCGUCCGUCCACGUGGCUCCCGGGAAUCUCCGUGCUUCAAGCUGCGCGACGUUCAAACGACGACAACACCGCCCUCGACGUCGUCGUCGUCAGCCGCACGAAAUCGAGGGCACCAUGAGCCUGCCAUCACACACGCGUGAGAGGACGGACUAAGGAGGGGAGAGAGUGCGUUCAUGAUGGCCUCUCGCAGAAAGGGAGGCCUGAAACUCAAUGCCAUCUGCGCCAAGCUUCACGCCCGGCCCGGCCACACACAGACCCAAACCUCGUCACAGUCUGCGAGCGAAGAUGACGAUGGCGACGAAAACAAAAUGGCCACUGGAAACAAGAUGGCGGAGGGGAGUGGUGACGAGGGAGACGGAAAGAUGGCGGAUGUGGAGUGCGCCGAGCGGCGCCGGGAGCUCAUCGAGCGCUGGGCCAACGGGGAGCUGGGCCUGGGCGACUCGGGGGGUGGGCAGCAGGGCCCACGCACUGGCGUCGCUGAUGAAGACGACGCCGACGAUGCGGACGGCGACGACGCUUCCCGCUCCCCGAGGGCGGCCGAGGAAAGGCCUCUCCUGGAAGUGCAGGCCCCAGCCGGAGUGAGCGACCUCCUGGGCGCCCUGGGCCUCCUCGAUCCAAGGACGCGAUGCGAGCUGGAGCGAGCGGCCUCCGUCAUCAUGUCCUCCUCUUCCUCCCCCUCCUCCCCCUCGCUGGUGAUGACCACAACCACGGCCGUGGCAGCGAACCACCAGCACCACCACCACCACCAGCACCCCCACCACCACCUACAGCCGUCGCAGCAGCAGCAGCAGCAGCACCCACAUGGCAACGGCAACCCCGCCCACGCUCGCGCCGCCCGCGCCAACGGCCCGCCGCGGGAGCCAGCGCCGGACUUCGGCAAGGCCUAUGAGGCGGCGCAGCCCGCCUGCGACACCGCCGAGUCGUCCGACGCCGCCGCCGCCGCGAGGGCCGGGCAGCACGCCCUCCCCCACGCCCGCGCCUCCAAGUACGACUUCUUCAUCCGAAAGCUGCGCGCCGGCGAGAGCAUUGCCCCCCCGCAGGAGCACGAGCCGGCGCCGGGUACCGCCGCGUCACCGUCCGCGGGCCCUGCCGGCGCCGGCGCCGCCGCCGCCGCCGAGAUCUCCGACGGGUUCGGCGUCGCCGAGUCCCGCGCGCCGCAGCUCCCGAAGUUACCGCGGGCCAGCCACGACGGCGCCGGCUGCGUCGGCGGUGGCAGCUCGAGCAACGCCGCGGCGGCCGCCUGCAAUCACGUUGCCGCUGGGAGCAACGGCGGCACCGGCGGCGCCCAGACCAACCGGCGAGUCUCCAAGUACGACUUGGAGAACGUCAAGUACCUGCACCUGUUUCGGCCAGGGGAGGAGGGCUCGGGGGGACCCGGCUCACGGGGGGGCUCGACGCCGCUCAUGGCCGGGGGCGCCAUUGCCUUCAAGACGGGCCGCGUGGGACGGCCCUCCAAGUACGACGUGAAGGGGGCCGACAAGAUCUCGCAGAUCCGCGCGCUCGCCAACGCCAACUCGGCCGCCAUAUUGCAGAAUCACCACCCGCACCAGCAGCAGCAGCAGCGGCAGGGACAGGGACAGGCGGCACCUCCCCUGCACAGCCCCGGAGCCAGCGGCAAGACCUGCAUUGCUCUGUCGCACGGCAGGAUGUUAAGCUUUUUCCCGAGCGACUUUGGGGUGAAGAGCGAGGUUGUGGUGAAGGGAGAGCAGCAGCAGCUGCUGACGGGUGGUGGCGGUGGUGGCGGCGGCGGCGUCGUCGGUGGUGGUGGUGGUGGUGGUGGCCACUUGGCGAGCGGGCAGAGGGGAGGACUCGAAGCUGCAGCUGUGGCGGCUGCGUUCCUGCGAGCAGAGUCCAUCACGAGCGGCACGGUGUCUUCCGUCAAGAACGGCCUGCCAGUGGAGAAAGUUCCAAACGGAGAUGAAUCAAACAUCUACCAGAAAUAUAUUACCAAGUUCGGGAGCACUCAGCAAUGCGGCCAUGCCCACUGCGCCUACCAAUACAAGGAGCAUUACCACUGCAUAGACCCCGAGUGCAACUACCAACGCUUCACGAGCAAGCAGGACGUGAUCCGUCACUACAACAUGCACAAGAAGCGCGACAACAGCCUGCAGCACGGCUUCAUGCGCUUCAGCCCGCUCGACGACUGCUCUGCGCACUACAGCAGCUGCCACCUCAAUGGGCGCAGCACCCAUUACCACUGCAUGCAGGUUGGCUGCACCAAGGUGUACACGAGCACCUCGGACGUGAUGACGCAUGAGAACUUCCACAAGAAGAACGCGCAGCUCAUCAGCGACGGCUUCCAGCGCUACCGCGCCACCGAGGACUGCGGCACGCCCACGUGCACCUUCCACGGGCACAAGACGACGCACUUCCACUGCCGGCGCAGCGGCUGCUACUUCACCUUCAAGAACAAGUGCGACGUGGAGAAGCACAAGUCGUACCACGUGCGCGACGACGCCUAUGCCCGUGACGGCUUCAAAAAGUUCUACAAGUACGAGUCGUGCGGCUUCGCGGGCUGUGCAUACGCGCGUGCCACCAACCACUUCCACUGCAUCCGCUCGGGCUGCGCCUUCACCUUCACCUCCACGAGCCAGAUGACGUCGCACAAGCGCAAGCAUGAGCGACGCAGCUCCGUGCGCGGCGGCGACCGGCCCGGAGCCCCCGCUGGGACCGGCUGCGUCUCCACCCUCAACCUGGUGCCUUCGCCCCUGGAUAGGAAACCGCUUCAGGCUGAACUGGCGCUGGCCGGCAGCAGCACGUUUGCGGCGUUCGCCCCGCCCGGAUUCUCCGGCACGGCCCAGUUCCGCUUCGAGGCGCCGGCGAAUUUCAGCGCCACCCUCUUCCCGGCCGCGACGGCUGCGUCAAACUUCGGCAAGCAGCCCGGCCUCUCCGACACCUUGCUGCCGGCGACAAAUUACGCGGCCGGCUCCCCGUUUCCACUUUCCACCGCAGCGGCGGGGGCGGCGACCACAACGACGACCGCGACCACGACCACGACGACGGCGACCGCGGCCGAUUUGACGGCGGCGAUGAGCGCGGCCACGGGGCGGUUGACGCCCACGUCCGACACGGAGGCCGGGGCCGGCCCCGCGCGAGCGGCACCCGUCGCCGUGCCCGCGACGCCCGUGUGCGCCAUCGACGGGUGCGGAGCGCCAGCCGGCAGCUGCUGCCCACUCGACGGGCACGCGGGCACGUCGGAGGGCGGCUGCCGGGCGUCGGCGAGCGCCUGCUUCGGCCCCGUGGUGGCACUUGUCGGAGCGGGGGGCGGCAAUUCCGCUUCGUCGGCCUGUUCGGCUUUACCAUCCUCCGUCGCUUCGGCGUCGUCGGCGGCGGCGUUCCACCCGUCGUCGAUCAUGCUUUUGACGCAGCAACAUUUCGGAAUGCAGCAGCAGCAGCAGUCGGAAGCGCAGCAGGCUGGUGUGCUGCUGUCUGCGCCGGGUGUGCCCCCGAGGCCCGAGUUGAAGGCUUCGUCCGGUUCCCAGAUCCACGGCAUCAUGCCGGCGAUCAGCCUGGGUUUAGGCCUCGGCCUGGGUCUCGGUCCGAUCCCGAUUGGCGUUCCCUUGCGGCAGAUUCCUGUGCAGCUGCUGCAGCUGGCAGCAGCCGCAGCAGCCGCCGGCGUCGGCGGCGCUCACUUCGGCACGCGCCUUGGAGACGCUCGUGGAGACGACGGUGCUGCCUCAAAACCCCUAGGCUCUGCCGGCCACACGGCCGCUGCCACUACCACCACCGCCUUUGGCGGAAGCAACAACGCAGAAGCGGCAGACGACAAUGACGACGAAGAAGAGGAGGGGGAGGAGGAAGACAAUGACGACGACGAUGAUGACGAAGACGAUGAUGACGACGACGAUGAUGAUGACGACGAUGACAAGGAUGCAGACGAUGAUGAGGAUGAUGAUGAGGAUGAUGACAAUGACGUGGACGUUGACGACAGUCUAGGUCAAACAAAGUGCAAGGAUUCGGAGGCGGAGGGCGGCGGCGAUCAUGCGGCCAUCAUCGUGAAGGACGAGGAAGAUGAAGACGAGGGGGAGAUGGUGGCUGGAGCUGAUGGAGAGAAGACGGGGAAGAGGAAGCGUGGAAUGCGAAGAGAGCGGCGGCGGCGGCGGCGGCAGCAGCAAGGGCUCGGCGAGCGGAGGAAGCGCCGCAGGUUGGGAGACCACGCGGACGUCAUCGACGACGAUGAUGGCGACGAUGACAGCGGCGGCUACGCCGACAACGGUGAGCUGCCCGCGAAGAAACACGUCCCCGGGCCACGCAGCAGAGAGAAGGAAGCCGAGGACAAAGGAAGAGGAGGAGAAGACGGUGACGACGACGACGACGAAGACGACGACGACGAAGACGACGAAGACGACGAAGGGGAAGACGUCGGCGACAGCGGCGACAGCGGCGGAGGGGAUGGUGACGAGUCGACGGAGUUGUCGUCGGGCCCGGCGCCGCGGGGGCCGCAGGGUGGCAGCGCGAGGGUCGCCUCCCCGUGCCUCAGGAUUUCGCCGGAGAUGGCGCGCCUGGCGGCCGCGGCUCUGAGACCUCCCCCGCCGGGGGCCGUGACGGCGUCCGUGAAGAAGGAGCACGAGGACUGCGUGGGAGACGGACUCAGCCAAUGGGAAGGCUCGGCCAGAGUUCAAAUCAAACAAGAACCCUGUGAUCAUGUAAACCCCGACCCAAGCCCAAAGAAUCAUGGGCCAUUGAUAGAAGGACCCUUGGCUGGAUCCUUGUCGUCUUUUCUGCUCAGGACUGGAAUGGGGCUCUCUGAAUCGCUGAGCCUGCAGACGAGUGGCCAAUCAGGCGCAACUUUCAUCAACCAAUCCCUGAGGGCUGCCAUCAAGCAUGAAAACCCAACAGCAUUAUGGGAAAAAUACCUACAACGGUUUACGGACGGCGCGUGCCGGGAGCCGGCGUGCGAUUUCUCGCACUCGGACCACGUGCACUGUCGUGUCGACGGCUGCGGUGCGAUCUUCCGUACCAUGGACGGUGCCAACAAACACGCGAGUUUCCACGGCCGCGUUGAUGGCUGUGGGCCUGUCGCCGUGGUGACUGGCUCCCUGCUUCCCUCCCUGCUCGCCUGGACACAGCAGCAACAGCAGCAACAGCAGCAGCAGCAACAGCAGCAGCAGCAACAGAAACUGUCUCUACAUCAACCGCUGCACCAAGCUGCCCUGCACACACAGCAGCAGCAGCAGCACAGACAACCACUACCCACUCACGCACAGCCGGACCUGAUAGGUGUGCAGCAGCAGCAGCAACAGCCGCAACAACAACAACAGCAGCAGCAACAGCGACCCGUGCUUCAGCAGCAGUUGAUGAAGCCGUUUGCGAUGAACAACCACUUGCAACCGCAGCAGGUGGUGACGGGUCAGCAGCUGAAUGGGCAGCAGAUGAAUCUGCAGGAGCAGCAGGCGGUGGUGCAAGUGCAACAGCAGUACCAGCAUUUGCUGCGCACGCACUUGGAUUCGCAGCAGUCAGCGCAUCAUCAUCAGCAGCAUCAGCAGCAUCAGCAGCAGUCUCACACGGCCCGGCUUCAAGAAUCGCAGCCACAGAUUAAGCCAGGCUUCCUGCAGUUCGAUGAGAACGACCCGUGCCUGAGUCCCGAGUGCAAGUACGCGCGUGCGCGCCACUUCCACUGCCUGUUCGGCGCGUGCAAGUACGUGUGCAAGAGCGCGGCCAAGGCGGAGUCGCACUGCACCGACCACGUGACGCCCACGCACUGCACGGAGAGCGCUCGUCGCCACUUCCACUACCACUCCGCGCAGGAGCCCUGCCCCCUGCCGGAGUGCGAGUUCCGUUCACGCGGCCACUACCACUGCGCACGCGGGGGGUGCGAGUUCGCCACCAACGUGAGCACCAAGCUGCCGUGGCACGUCAAGAAGCACGACAAGGCCGAGCGGCGCGCGGCCAAUGGCUUCAAGUACUACACCAAGCGCGACGAGUGUGGGCGUGACGGGUGCAAGUACGGCCGGGUGAGCAGUCACUUCCACUGCAUCAGGGACGGCUGCUCGUUCUCCUUUCUGCUCAAGCACCAGAUGACAUCGCACGCACGCAAGCAUGCGCGCCGUGCCCUAUCCCUCGGAAACCAGACUCCGCCCACUCCGCCCGUCGCCAUGGACGUGCACGUGGAGAGGGCCCGAGGAGCCUCUCUGCCCAUCUCCCCUUCGCUCUCUCCGUCUCUCCCCAUGCCUCUCUCUCUUCCAACACCAAUCCCUCAGCCACUGGCGCAAGCUCCCUCCACGUCCUGUCAUUCACUCUCGCUUGCACCACCCAUCUCAUGCCUGGCCCUACCUACUCCCUGUCUGGCACCGCCUACCUCCUGUCAAUCAUUGCUGCAGCCUGCACCCACAUCAGGAAUAAAGCGUCGCGUGUGGAUCAUAGAAGACAUGUCCCCCUUCGGCAAGCGACGCAAGACCACGACCACCAAGAAGACAUUGCCAAUGACCGUGGUGACAUCGGCGACGAAUACGGACAGCAACACGAACAACGGCAGCAACACCAGCAGCGGCACUGGCAUCGGUGGCCACAAGUCUGAGCUGGGAGACGAUGGUUACGUCCCCAGCGUGGAGUUCCUGGGCUCCGUGCCCAUCAAGGCGGAGCCGGCGUCGACUCUGGGCGAUGACUGGGGCAACAGUGCCGACAGCUUUGAUACCAGCGCGGCCGUGACGCCGUCGUCGGCGGUGCCCGGCAGCAGCGGCGGGAGCGGCGAGUGCUCGCCCACGGCCGGAGCGUGCGUUGCUCCGCUGGCGUUCGAGGCGGUGCAGGCCGGAUGCGUUCCAGCUAAAGCGAUGGGCGGCGCCCCUCCGGCGGUGGUGGCGGUGGCGUCGGCCGCGUUGGGGGCGAAUAGGAGCCCUGUGGCAGCUGACGGUGCGGCGGUGGACAAGACGGCGGUGGCCAACAGCGUCCUGUCGGGCUUCCUGCGCUUCGACCUGCGCGCCGACUGUGCGGACGUGGGCUGCCACUUUGCACGGCGUGCCACACACUACCACUGCGCGCGCGACGGCUGCGGCUACCGCUUCUGCGGGCGCACGCACAUGCACAAGCACGCUAUGCACCACGAGCGCGUCGACAGCCUGGUGCUCGACGACUUCCGCCGCUAUAAGGCCGGUGCGCUCUGCCCGUAUGCACGCUACAUCCCUGUGUUGUCCGUACCCAGCCACGACUCUGCGCAGCAGCAGCAGCAGCAGCGUUGUGGGUUGGACAGCAGUGACGCAAGCGAAGGAGGUGGAGAAAGUAGCGGCAGCAAAAAUACAGCUGGUCAGCAGUUGGUGAGCAUGGAUAGCAAGCUCUCGGAUGCCUCUGGUGAUGGCAAAUCUGCGGUCGCAACGUACGCAGCUGGUGGAGAAAAUGACGAGGAAGCGGGCGAUCGGCCGAGCGGCACGGAGGCCACCGAGUCCGCACCGGGAAGUGAAGGAGCAGUUGCACCGGAGAAAGCGGAGACGGCGGUGCCACCCAGUCCAUCCUCGUGCGGCGAAGAUGACUCGAUGACGACAACAAACUCUCUCGCGAUGGACGGUGCCGCUGCUACCGCUGCGGAAAAUGACGCGCAACCAGACCUGAAGAAGGCAGUGACCACACCGCCGGACAGACCGCCAGUGGACGAGGACGCGUCACGCGGCAGCGGCGGAAAACCGGCGAGCGCAAGGAGAGCGGCGGCGGCGAUGGCACCGUUGGCCUCCAGGGGCGACACGGUGAUAGUGGGCUGCCCGUUCGCGGGCCGCGCGACGCACUUCCACUGCCUGCGCUGCGCAUUCGCCUGCGCCGACUCCACCAAGGUUCCCGCCCACCGCAAGCAGCACGCCAAGAUGGCCGCCGUGCAAGCGGCAGGCUUCCGCCAGUUCGGUUCGGCCGUCGAUUGCGCCCCCGCCGUCGCCGCCAUCCUGAGUGCGGGCGCUGCUGCUGCUGCUGCUGCUACGGCAGCCGGCAGCAGCGGCGGAGCCGUCAUCGGUGGUGAGGUGGCUGGGCCUUUGCCGACAAGCGCAGUGGUCACAUUGGGGGCAUCGAGCACUGCAAUAGCGGGAGCGUCUGCUGCGUCGGUCCUGCCUUGUGCGGUGGCGCCUAUUGCGCCGGGCGUGGUGGCAACCGCCGCUGAAUGGAGUAAUGCCGGGGUGGCGGCCAUCGUGGAUGCCACGGCAGCAGCUUCGGCUACUGCGGCGCCCACUGCAAACGCCGGGUUCCGGCAGUUCGGCUCGGCCGUGGACUGCGCGCCAGCCGUCGCCGCGAUCCUGACAGCGGUGGCAGCAGCUGCGGCGGCCGCGACAGAUCCAGCGGAAAGGAUGGCAGCCACCCGGAGUGAGGAAGCGACGGCGAAUGGAGGGGUGAUGGCCGCCGCGGCCACCGCCACUGCCGCUACCAAUCCAGGUCCCAUCGAUCCUGAGGAGGCGAGCGAUGCUCUGGGCGGGAACAUCUCGGAAAAUCCACCCGCUCUGCCGAACCCGGAAGUCGAUGGUGAAGAUGCCCCACGUUCGGAGGUGGCGGAGGUGACGGAGGUGGCGGCGGUGAAGGACGACAGUGGGGGGACGGUUGCGCCAACGGGUGGUGAUGCUGUCGCGGCCAUCGCGAUCGCGAGCCCCGACGCAGGGCAGCAGGCCGGGUGCGUGGCGAGCCAGAUGGCCGGCGACAACGGUGGCAUCGGCGGCGGAAAUCCCAGCGCCAUAACUAACGGGCCGGGCACGGUGGUUGUCGUCGAGUGUCGCUACCGCUUACGCUGUUCGCACUUCCACUGCGCCGUCGCCGGCUGUGGCCACGCCGUCGUGGGCACCGCUCAGAUGGAGUCCCACCGCCGGCGCCACCAGCGCAACAACAGCGGCGGCAGCGGCGGCAGCGGUGGCAGCGGCGGCAGCGGCAGCAACAUCGUCCUCUCGUACCCGCACAACAACCAGAGCAACCCUCACCUCCUCGUGAGCACCAACCCAACUCGAAUCCAGCAACAAUCUCCGAUGAAACCGCAACAAUCUCCGAUGAAACCGCAGCAGCAGCAGUUGUUGCAACAGCUGUCAUUGCAGCAGCAGCAGCAGCAGGUAACACGAUUGCCAUCGCAAAAUCAACAGCAUCAGCAGCAACGUGGGCUGGAACUGGAGUGGCAGUGGAAGCAGCCGCAUUUAACGCAGCAGUUUCAACCGCUGGUGGUACGGCCCCAGCUUUUGACGGUUCAGCAGGCCGAGUUGUUACGUCAGGUGCAGCAGCAGGGCCAACAGCUGCGUGGGCGACUACAGCAGCAGCAGCUGAGUGUUGUGCAGCAGCAGGAGGAUGUGGUGGCGUUGAAAAAGCAGCAGCAACAGCAGCAGUUACACCAACCACUGUUGCAGCAGCAGCUGCUAAAGCAACAGUGCGAGAUGAUUCAGUUGCAGCAGCAGCGACAAACGCCGCAGCAGCAGAAUCAGCGCGUACAACCACAACAGCAGCCGCGGCAGCCCCUACCGCACGAGCAGUUGCAACUGCAGCAGCAGCAGCAACCUCCGGAGCAGCAGCAGCAGCAGCAGCAACAGGAGGGGGAGCGUAACAAGGUGGCCGUGCGAGCGACUGCGGAAGAUGACUCGUUGAGGGGCGGCAACGAUGGCAACUCUUUCUCCUCGCCGUCCUCCUCCUCCUCGUCGUCGUCGCCGUCAUCGGCGGCCUCGCCGCCUUCGUCGUCCUCCUCGUCGGUCGCUGUGGAGUCCGUCGUCGUCGCGCAGAGUGCGUCGUCGUCAUAGCCCCCCUAUCGAGUCGCCACCGCCGCCUCAGCAGCAGUCCAAAUCCCCAAAAAACAAACCCCCCCCCACCACCCACCAUCAACAAACCGAUCGAAACGGCUUUAUAGCCAACCAACACAUGCAGGGAAAAGCUUACACACGCAUGUUGUGUGUAAUGGGUUAUAUGAUACGUGUAACCCCCCCCCCACACACACACACACAAAAACACUCAGCGAUGAAAUCUGGAAAAUAAUACAACUUUUUUUUUGGGGGGGGGCUUUUAUUUGGGGAUCGAUUACGACGUGAGAAUAUGCAAUAGGUGUUUACUUGCAGGCGUGCCGUGGGCAAAACAAUGCGCGCUCACACAGCUCACAACAUUGCAACGAUCGGCGUGACCUUUGCACCUUGCGGCGCGACCUUUGCACCUUGCGGCGCGACCUUUGCACCCUGCGGUGCUCCGUGGGUCGUGCACGGUGCGCACAUCGCUAACAGGCUGGGGGGAGGGGGGCAAUCGAGUUCGCGGAGUGAGCGUGCUUUGCCUCAUUAAAAAAAACUUUUUGUAGGAAAUGUAUGCAAAUUUAUGCUAAUUUAUGCCAGCCGAUGGUGCGGCGCGUGAGGAGGAGGGAGCUGCUCGUGGAUGCAAACACUAAAGUGUGUUGAUUUCAUGGCGUGCCGGCCAAUCGGAACGAUCGCCGAGACUGGGCUGCACGAUGUACGUAUGCAAAACGAUGCAGAGCUGGCCAACGGGAGGGCUCGGAUUAAUGUAUGCAAACGUUACGAUAAUUUAAGCCGGCCAAUGCGAUUGCUCGCCCGCUGUUUUGAGCUGGAUAUAAUGUAUGCAAAUGUAUGCUAAUUUAUGUAAUAUGCAGACUUUAUUGAAUGUGGUUUCGCGUGAUGCAAUGGUGUUAAGACGGUUUCGAAUAUUUUAAGUUUUCAGUUUUUGGUUGGUUUGAGGUUAUAAUCAGGAAAGAGUGACUUUGUGCAUUGUAACUGUUUUAGGUUUAUUUAAAGAGAAAAAGACGGCACGCGACGGUUACCACACCCUGGCCCGGCCCAGGCAUUAAGUGAGCCUUCACGUUGGUGUUUAACACAGGCAACGGGAGCUGAGCGUGCACCUGAUCCACGUGCCCGUGGCUCGGUUAUUACCUCACUGACGGGAGAUUAUUUCGUUUCAUCGACGUCAUGCAUCAACCGGUGCCUCCGAUCAUCACAGUCGGAUCGCUCAUUCUGAGACAAAGCAAAUUACACCUGAAGCACUCUUUAACGUUUCCAACCACGGCCCAACGUUGGCCCAACGUUGGCCCAACUUUGGCCCAACGUUGGCAACGUGUUUACUGGGAAAUGCCGCGCGAUUUUGCCACCAAUGUUAUUUUGCAACCAAUCAUAUGGUGAUCUAGCCAGGUGAAAUGUUUGCAGAGUGCUCAAAGCACAGUCGGGAAAACAUAAAGUUGCAGCUUCAUAUCCUGGCCAGGCUAAAGUCAUCGUCCCUAAGGGGUCGAUAAGAACUAUUUUACAGGAAACCAACAUCGGUCAUCCUUACAGAUGAACAAGGUCCCCAGCGUGGAAAUGUGCCACAUUUUCCACCACUGGUUCAGGACAACCGGCAGAGAUGAGUGCCACAACAAUUCUGAGUUCAUCAGGCACACUUGGAUGUGACCCGACUCUGAAAACAGGCUGCAUCCUUGAUAUUAACUGUAUUUUAUCCGUACUUGAAUUUACAACUCAACAAAGAGAAAUGUCUAUACAUUCUCGCGUGAUCUCAAUGCGGUCCGUCAGCGCCGAGUAUAAACCAAUGGACUGCAUGAUGUGUGCCCGACCAUGGCUGUCAGUUUUUGGCUUCGGGAUUUUAAGCGUCAUUUUCUAACGACGCGCAGAAAGGUGUGUACGAAGAGCACUCGGCCUUUGUGCGUUACGCAAACAAAAAUCAACAGUUCCUGAAGAACUUUCUAAAGAGAAAACUAGACUGGUUCCAUCAUUCGUACUCAUCAGAACGGCAUAGUCUGUAACGAUGGGGUUUCUCGCCAUUUACAGAUUCGAUUCAUUGGUAGUCCAUGAGCCAAGGAAGAUAUUUGGCUUGUAGGUACCACCUUUGAUGGUAUAUCUUUUUCAGUUCAAAUUCCUUUGUGUGGCCAAUAACAGUGCUUUUUUUUUAAAUCAUACCUAUUGUAAAAGAGAGUGGAUAUCAAGUAAUUCACUAUUGGCCAUGUAUAUAAAUAAUUACUACAAAAAUGUGCGCUCCACCUGUUCCAUCUGUUUGGGACAGUUGCCCCCCCGGAUGCGUGCGUUUUCUCCGAGCGCUGCGGUUUCAUCCCACGUGCACACACCCUUUAAUUGGCUGCAAAACAUCUUCAUAUGUAGAUGACCGCAGAGCUUGGGCAAUUGUUGGCACCAGGUCACCACCUGGCUGCUGCCCUCCCACUUGUCCCUGGUUUCCCCCUGUCCUGACGCCUCCGGGGGUUGCUCUCUCUCGCUUCGAGAGCGAGCGAGCGAAUACCGUGAGCCGCAUGAGUUGACAUUACCAUUUGUUCAAGUGUAUGCUGCCUGAGGUGGUACACAUUUUCUGCCUGUGGCCCCAUGGGCCUCCAGUGCAAGCUGCAUUUCCGGUGUGCCAAGCGCACAGCUCACAUCGCCACGUGUUCAGGGGUGCGCAUGGACACGCGCGCGCGCACACUUUGAGCUCGCCUUGUUCAUGUGUGCGCGAGGAGGCGAGGUUAAAUCAGGCCGUUCCCAAGUCUCCGUGAAGGCUCGUUUAUAGGACACCACAGGGCUAAAGUGCACACUUUUAUUUAUUUGCGACCGAUUUGUUCUGUCGGCAAAGGAUCGAUUCUCGUUGAAAGUGCAAAUGCUUCCAAAAUUUAACGAGUUAGUUGUUUUCAGUUAAUAUAAAUAAUUUCUAACUUAUGCUUCCAUACAGGUUUCACAUGUGUUUGUUGUGUAGUAUUUAUAGAUUUACAUGGUUUUUUGUUAUAAGUUAUCUUUGAAAUUAUAUAUUAUUGAUUACAAUAGCAAUCGAUGAGGAGGAUGAUGCUGAUCAUAUUGUUAUAAUUAUUAUUAUUGUCCGAAAGCACAAAAGCAAAAAUAGCCUUCACACUGCUUCCCAGGCAUGAGUGCCGCUGUGCAUUGUGGGAUGUUCAUGCAAUGUAAUUGAGUCGCCUUGUGAAGAGCUGUCCUCUCUUUUAUGGGCCAUCGUCUGGUUUCAAAACUUCCAUGGCUGUCCAUCAAUCGAUACCAAUGAGCAGCUUUAUACAAUAAUUCCCCUGCAUAGACCCCCAUUCUUAGAACAGUUGUGUGUUGUUGGAUAUGUUGACUGUAAUCGGCUAUGCUUUGGCACAAAACAAGUGGUAAGAUGGUGUUUUAGAAUACUUUCGGUGAUAUCCAUACCACCGUGCCCGGAGUGAUGAUAGUUAUGGUGGUGGUAAUGAUGUGUCCGCUCCUUGAUCGGAUUUGAACUCCCAAUCGUACAGUUUGGGAACUCGCCUGCUCUACCAACUUAAGCUAUAUAUCUGGCACUGUUGUAACACGAAUAAUAAUACCUGUAAUAAUUAUCAUUGUAAUGUGUGGGGCGUUGUAGGAACGAGUGGUUCUGUCAGUUGUAGUUUCACUGGAAAAUGCAGUCAGUUAAAACUGGAAAACUAUAAGAGGACUACUGUCGGGAGAAGCUAACCUCACCAUGUGCACGCAAGCUUGGGAGAAACUAACCCAGGGGAUGUGUGUAACUUUUGACUGGAAUAGGUUUAUCCUUACGAGUGGGAUUCACUGGAAAUUGACAAUUACGUGACUUUUAUUCAGGUGGGGGGGGGGGGGGGGCAUACAGGAAAACAGGGAAAUUAUGUGAAUACAGGGAAAUUACUGGGAAACUGAUGCGGUUUGUUUUGCAAGCCCUGACGCAGCUCAGCUCAUUCCACCCAUGCUUUCAGACAGACCCGCUUUUGCAGAAUGUCAUAAAACGAAUUUGUUGACUGGGUUGUGUUAUACGAUUGUACACAGUAAAUUGAUGGUUCGAGAGGUUGGCGUACACAACGUGUUCUUAUUUGGAAGAAGCUGAUUUAACUGGAUAAAUGAAUGUCUCACUGAACCGUUCGAAAUGGCUUGUGUCGUCGGUGACCGCGAUUAAUCAGUGGCUUCGGCACAAGAUUCGUUUUAAGAGAGGGGAGUAAUGCUGUUGUGUUGUCUCUUCGGAUUCACAAUGUUUCGAUGGUUCAGGGAAACUGAACCAGCACCACUAGAUCCUGGGUUAGGAUCCCUGGCUCUCAUGCAGCACUAAAUCACGAUCUCACAUGUAGCAACAUUGAGAGAUAGACGUUUUACGGCACACAUUUUAAAUGCGCGAUCUGACCGAACAAAUCAAUUAUGAAUUAAAUCCACGUUUACCAGUUUUCACACUUUGUACAUUAAGUUGGCAUGUACUGUUUUAAAAUUACAACAAUCGCAUCGUCAUUAUUUUGGUUAAUAACUCCUGGUGUAGGAAAGGCAAAGACUAUGGCUUUUCAUCAAAAAAUAUAAUACACCUACCGUGAGUACAUUUUUUAAAAAUUAAAAUCCCUUGGGCCAAGCUGCUUACCAAUUUAUUGGCAUUUCCACACCUUGCAUCGAACACUCCAAACAGGUCCAGAUGGUUGACAAAACAAGUAGAUGAUCGAUGAAUCCUGACGGCAGACAGCAUUUCAUCCCUUAUGAACACGAGGGCCGAAGGAUUAAGUAAAGAAAGGUCUGGCCUUGGGUUUGUUUGCGACCCAAAAAGGGCCUUGAAGAUUGUGUUCAAUCGUGACACUUUAACCACAGAGCAUUCAGAAGCAAAGCAAACCAUGACAAAUUGACCGACGGAUAUUGAAUUGAGACAUACACUACUUAUCUAUUAACUUAAUUUGUUGUUAUUAUUAACGAUUUUGAAAGCACAUGUGUUUGAGAUUUAAGUUAUACGCUUGUUGUUGAUGUUAAUUUAAGUUAAUUGAAUGUAAUUUAAGUUCAUUGGCGUGGAGUGUGCUGUGAGUUUUAAUGUACUAUCGAACUGUCAUAUACAUUUUGGUGGAAUGGGACAAUUAUUGACCUGUUCUCUUCCCACCUCUCUGUCUCUCUAUCUCCCUUUGGCCCCCCUGGUCCACCUUUCUCUACGUCUCACCUUGUCUGUCUCUCUCUCUCUCAUUCACUGGCCAUCAUUUGCUCCUCUCUUCUGUCUCUCUCCCUCCCUCUGUCUUCCUUUUUCUGUCUCUCCCUCUCAUGUACUGGCUUUCUUGUAGUUGUUAGGAAUUUCACUAAAAAUGGCUUUUCAAAUAAACCUUUUUUAAACACUUUAA